CACUGAUGGAGAUGGAGAUGCAGAUGCAGAUGGUUGCUCCACGCUACACGUCGCCGGGAUGCAACCAUGCGACGGUGAUAGAGGAGAUCAAUCGUGCACACGAGCUGACGAGCCAACUGCAAGCUUUUCUGCUGCCGUUGCUUCCGAGCAGUAGCUGGUCGGUGCUGGCCAUAGAUCACUUGACGGAGAUGAUCAAGUGCUAUAACUCGGCUCUUUCCAAGCUCCGGGCUGCUGGUGGAUGCCGGUCAACGCUGUUGGAUGCCUCCGGUCACUGCGCAGAUGAUCAGAAAAGGAAGCGCUUUGAGGGUAAAGACUGGCCUGUUGUUCCCAAGAAAAGGAGGAAUGAGAACUGUCGUCCGAUAGUCACAUCGGUCCUGUAUGACGGGUACCAGUGGAGGAAGUACGGGCAGAAGGGUAUCCAUGGCGCCACACAUCCAAAAAGCUACUUCCGGUGCACUUACAGCAAAGAUCAAGGAUGCCCAGCCACAAAGACGGUGCAACGGGAUGAGAGCGAUGCUGAUCCACCCAAGUAUCGCGUGGUUUACCGCAUGGCACACACCUGCAAGAAUAACAUGGACGCCAACUUCUCUUACGCGAUGGAAUCAUCCUCCAAUGACACAACCUCGGUCGUCAUCCAACACCAGCAUUUUUGCCCCCCAUCAGCUGCCACUCCCAACCCUAGCCAGAGUAGCUGCCUGUCCAAUGGCGAUCAAGAGCUGAUGCAUCUCUUUUCCCCCGAGGAAGUUCCCGGCACAGGACUCGACAUGAAGGGUGAGAUACUGAGCUUACCAUGGUCAUGGGAAUCCCUCGAACUGGAUGCAUAUUUGAAGACAAUGAUGGAUAGCAUGUAUUGAUUGAAGAGAUAGAUAGACAGCAGCUGAUAAAAGUGAGUGAAAGUCCUCCACCGAACGAGUAAUAUCUUCAAGUCUGCUCAUUGUAACCAGCGAACAAUCGAAUCAUGCUGGGGUUUUUCUUUGAUGACACGAAUGAUUAGUAGUUGAACGAGUAAUGUUUCUACUCUACGAUGCUUUAGAGAACAGUAUAAUAGAUAUUCUGAAAUGCUUUUAUAGGAACCAAAAGAAGAGCUGC